GUGCCCGAAUGCAGAGACCCACUUCCCCGGCGGACCUCCGUCUGGCCCCGGGCGCUCGGCUGUUACAGAGCAGCCGGGUGGACAGCCUUUCCCCCUGGCGAGGCCAUCCUCAUUCACUUUUGCAUUGCGGAGUCCACAUCAUUCCGUGAUGGGCUGGGGUCGUGCCCCGAGGCGCCCGCAGUCCUUUGGAAAAGAGGCUCCUAACGGAUGGGCACCCCGCAGUGCGAUAAGUGCUGCACCAGCGCUAUCGGCGGGGCGCCGGGCCGACUCCGAGGGCGCGUCUAAAUUCGUCUUCCCACCCCCCUCCACCUCCCUUACUGGCCCAGAGAGGGUAGGGUGAGGUGGAGCCGAGAAGGGCCGCUAUGAGGACCCUGAGAGCCAUGGCCAUGCAGAAAAUCUUGGCCCGGGAAAUCCUGGACUCCAGAGGGAACCCCACAGUGGAGGUGGACCUAUACACUGCCAAGGGCCGAUUCCGAGCAGCUGUGCCCAGCGGAGCUUCCACUGGGAUAUAUGAAGCUCUUGAACUAAGAGAUGGAGACAAAUCUCGCUACCUGGGGAAAGGAGUCCUGAAAGCCGUGGAACACAUCAACAAGACUCUAGGCCCAGCUCUUCUGGAAAAGAAACUAAGUGUUGUGGAUCAAGAAAAAGUUGACAAAUUUAUGAUUGAGCUGGAUGGGACAGAGAAUAAGUCCAAGUUUGGGGCCAAUGCCAUCCUGGGCGUUUCCCUGGCUGUGUGCAAGGCUGGAGCAGCCGAGAAGGGGGUGCCCCUCUAUAGACACAUCGCAGAUCUUGCAGGGAACCCAGACCUGGUUCUCCCAGUCCCUGCCUUCAAUGUGAUCAACGGGGGCUCCCAUGCUGGUAACAAGCUGGCCAUGCAGGAGUUCAUGAUUCUGCCCGUGGGCGCCAGCUCUUUCAAAGAAGCCAUGCGCAUUGGUGCCGAGGUCUACCACCACCUCAAGGGGGUCAUUAAGGCCAAGUAUGGGAAGGACGCCACCAAUGUGGGUGAUGAGGGAGGUUUCGCACCCAACAUCCUGGAGAACAAUGAGGCCCUGGAGCUGCUGAAGACGGCCAUCCAGGCGGCUGGGUACCCGGACAAGGUGGUGAUUGGUAUGGACGUGGCAGCAUCUGAGUUCUUUCGAAAUGGGAAGUACGAUCUUGACUUUAAAUCACCUGAUGACCCUUCACGGCACAUCUCUGGGGAGAAGCUGGGAGAAUUGUACAAGAGCUUCAUCAAGAACUAUCCUGUGGUCUCCAUUGAGGACCCCUUUGACCAGGAUGACUGGGCCACCUGGACCUCAUUCCUUUCGGGGGUCGACAUCCAGAUUGUGGGGGAUGACCUCACAGUCACCAACCCCAAGAGGAUUGCCCAGGCCGUUGAGAAGAAGGCUUGCAACUGCUUGCUGCUGAAGGUCAACCAAAUUGGCUCGGUGACUGAGUCUAUCCAGGCCUGCAAACUGGCUCAGUCUAAUGGCUGGGGGGUGAUGGUGAGCCACCGAUCCGGAGAGACUGAGGACACCUUCAUUGCCGACCUUGUGGUGGGACUCUGCACAGGACAGAUCAAGACUGGUGCCCCCUGCCGAUCAGAGCGUCUGGCCAAAUAUAACCAACUCAUGAGGAUUGAGGAGGCUCUUGGGGACAAGGCUGUCUUUGCUGGACGCAAAUUCCGUAACCCGAAGGCCAAGUGAGAAGCUGGAGGCUUCAGGACCCCACAGGCCUUUAAGCCCUUCCAUCUGAAAUAAACAAUGGUGCCAACCA